AUGGGCAUCUUCAACAGCGUCAUCUCGCGAUCUACUACCGAUAAAACCACAGCAGAUACAACCAUGCCAACCUCACCCACCACCCCCCUAGACAUCAUCAUCGUCGGCGCGGGCCUCAGCGGUCUCGCAACGGCCAUCUCCUGCUCCAUGUCGGGCCACCGGGUAACCGUCCUCGAGCAAGCCCAAUCUCUCGCGGAAGUUGGCGCCGGGCUGCAAAUCACCCCGAACGCGUCCCGACUCUUCACGCACUGGCAACUCCCGCAAAAGAUCUGGGACGACGCCGCGGAACCCACCUCGCUCACGGUGCACCGCUACACGGGGGAGAUCCUGGCGCACGAGGGGUCCUUCAACGCGCACAUGCGCGCCAAGUACGCCGCGCCGUUCCUCGACCUGCACCGGGUGGAUCUGCAGCAGGCGCUGUAUGCCCGGGCGAAGGAGCUGGGGGUGGAGUUUCAUAUGGAUGAGAGGGUGGAGGGGAUGGAUUUUGACGAGACGAGCGUGAGGACGCUGAAGGGAACGGUGUGGAGGGGCGAUUUGGUGGUCGGGGCCGAUGGGCUGUGGUCGCGCUGUCGGGAGUGUUUCGUGGGCAGGAGGGAUGUGCCUCUUCCUACUGGGGAUUUGGCGUAUAGGAUCGUUUUGACGGCCGAGGAGAUUGAGGAUCCGCAGUUGAGGGCGUGGGUCGAGAAUCCCACGGUGCAUUUUUGGGUUGGCCCGGGGGCUCAUGCGGUGGGGUAUUCGUUGAGGGGGGGCAAGAUGUUGAAUAUUGUCUUGCUCGUGCCGGAUGAUUUGCCUCCUGGGGUGUCGAAGCAGGCGGGUUCCGUGGAGGAGAUGAUGCGUUUGUUUGUGGGUUGGGAUCCGGUCCUCACCAAAUUCCUCAGCUACGUCAAUCGCGUCGAUAAAUGGCGCUUGAUGCACCACCCCGAAAUGCAAUCCUGGAUCAACGACAAAUCCAACCUCGUCUUCAUCGGCGACGCCUGCCACCCCAUGCUCCCCUACCUCGCCCAAGGCGCCAACUCCUCCCUCGAAGACGGUGCCGUCCUAGGCAGCCUGCUCGGCCAUCUCCAGCGCAAAUCCGACCUCCCGCAUAUCCUCCGUCUGUAUGAGAAGAUGCGCAAGGCGAGGGGGGAGGCCAUUGUGAGGGAGACGUUUAAGCAGAGAAACGACUUCCAUCUCCCCGACGGCCCGGAGCAAGAGAAGCGAGAUCGCGUGUUUUUGGCGCAGUUGGGGGGUGAGCUGAGGGGAGCGUUUCCGAGUCGGUGGACCUGCCCCGAAGUCCAACCAUGGCUAUACGGCUACGACGCCAUCAGGGAGGUGGAGAAUGUGGUGCAGGGGGAUUCUUUGCUGUCUGGGAGGGAGAACGGGAGGGAGAACGGGAGGGAGAACGCGAGAGAACAACCACCUCAGGCCUCUGGCCUCUCAGGCCACCACUAA